GAGAUGAGUUGUCUAUGGUGUUAAAAUAAUUUAAAAUAAAUGUGGUCAGAAAAUUUUGUAUAAAAAUGAAUUCUAUUUUACAUAAUUGGAUUGGAACAUCAUCAUAUUCAGAAGUUCCUUCGGAUGCUGUUUUAGCUGGUUCAGAUUCUGAUGGUGAUCCAAUAUAUGUUGGUCGGGCACGUCAUGCAGAUGAUUUAUUACCAGCUAAAGUAAUACCAAAUAAAAGGAAAGCUUACGUUUCAUAUGAUGGUGAAGAAUUAGAAAAAUAUGAAUAUGAAAUAUUAUGUGGUGAUUUAUAUCAAUGGCAAUCAGAUUCUGGAGGACAUAUUCCACCGCAUGCUAUGUCAUCUGGUAUAACAUCAUCCGGUGAAUUAUUAUAUAUUGGACGUGGUGAAUUUGCUGGUAGUAUGACACCUGGUAAAAUACAUCCAUCACAUGGUUGCCUUUAUAUACCAUAUGGUGGUGGUGAACAUCGUAUUGAUAAUUAUGAAGUAUUAGUUUUACCAGAAAUUUGGUUACCAGCUGAUAGUAAUAAUAUUCCACCACAUGCUGUACUUGCUGGUACUGAUACUGAUGGUGAUACUAUUUAUGUUGGUCGUGCUGAACAUAAUGGUGAUUUAAUACCAGCUAAAGUUAUUAUUAAUAAAAAUUGUGCAUAUAUUUGUCAUUCUGGUCAUGAGCAUAUUAAACAUACAUUUGAAGUACUUGUUGGCUAUGGUUAUGGUUGGAUACCAGCUAAUGAUGGAAAUGUACCACCAAAUACAGUUGAAGGUGGUAAAACAAUUGAUGAUGAAACAUUAUAUAUUGGUAGAGGUGAAUUUAGGGGUAGUGUUACACCAGGAAAAAUUCAUCCUUCACAUGGUUGCCUUUAUAUACCAUAUGGUGGGCAAGAAAUUAAAUUACAAAAUUAUGAAGCAUUAUCGUUUAAAUUAUAUUCGACAGCACACAAUUGGGUUAGUUCUUCAAAAUUUGAAGGUGUACCACCAGAAGCUGUUUUAGCUGGACAUGAUUCAGAUGGUGAUGCUAUUUAUGCAGGACGUGCUCAUCAUGAAAAUGAUUUAUUACCAGCAAAAAUUGUACCAAAUAAACAUAAAGCUUAUGUAGCAUAUGGUGGAGAAGAACAUGAAAAAUCUUAUUAUGAGAUUCUUUGUGGUGAUUUAUAUCAAUGGGUUCCAGCACAUGGUGGACAUGUUCCUGCAAAUGCAAUGGCUACUGGUGUUACCGCUGAUGGUGAAACUUUAUAUAUUGGCCGUGGUGAAUAUGCUGGUAGUGUAACACCUGGAAAAGUUCAUCCAUCACAUGGUUGCCUUUAUAUACCAUAUGGUGGCAGAGAACAUCGUUUAGAUUCAUAUGAAGUUUUAACAUUACCAGAAGUAUGGUUACCAGCUCAUGGACGUAGUGUACCACCACAUGCUGUAUUUGCUGGUGUCGAUUCUGAUGGUGAUCAUAUAUUUGUUGGUAAAGCUUAUCAUGAUGGUGAUUUAUUACCAGCUAAAGUUAUUAUUAAUAAAAAUUGUGCUUAUGUUUGUCAUGGUGGACGUGAACAUGUUAAACAUGAAUUCGAAGUACUUGUUGGAUAUGGUUAUGGAUGGGAACCAGCCGGUCAUGGUUCUGUUGCACCAAAUUCUGUUGAAGGUGGUAGAACAGAUAGUGGUGAAACUUUAUAUAUUGGACGUGGUAAUUUUGAAGGUAGUUUAACACCAGGAAAAAUUCAUCCUUCACAUGGUUGUCUAUAUAUACCAUAUGGUGGACAAGAAAUUCGUUUAGAAGAUUAUGAAUGUUUAGUAAGAAAAUAUUAUUAAGCGGGAAUAAAAAAUCAAAACGAAAAAAAUUAAAUUUGAAAAUGAAUCGAAAUAAAAAUUAAAAUCAAAA